AUGCCGGCCUGCAGUUGCUCAAGCGCCGCAGCGGUCAUGCAGAACACCCACAGCUCCGGCACACAGGAACGCCGUCAAGGGCCUGUUGAAUAUUCACCGUGGUUGAGUUACGCUCAAUACGGUGAUGACCACCUUCUCUCGUCUCUGGCGCCGCCGAUAGGGGGUUCCCCUCGGCGGUGCCUAUUUGUCAAUCCUUCGAAACCCUCGCGCAACAAACCCGAUCUGUCCUUUACCGACACGGACUGGAACUUCGUAUCUGUGAACACUUCAACGCCUUAUCCCCACGGUUAUGAUGGUAUCGAUGUCCCCGCCAUGGACUUUGGGUACGGCACUGCCUCUGCCUUUCAAUCUCUCUCGGAUUCGGGCUCACUCGAGAACCAACACCUUGUUCCUGCAUCUGCUGUUCCUAGCUCGGCCAAUUCUCAAGACGGUCACUCGCACUCGCAGCCUUCUCCUGUCUCACAAUUUCCUGCUCCGGUCUCGACCACUUUUCCUAGCCCGGCUACCUCUCAGGGCGAUGACAUAUUAGGCCCGACUGGUGCUCGUGUGGAAAAGCGCCGACUCAAUACCCUCGCUGCUCGACGAUGUCGGCAGAGACGGGUUGAUCGGAUGAAGGAUCUUGAAGCGGAGCUGGAGAAGAUUCGCCAGGAAAGAGAUGAUCUGAGACUCAAAUGUUCCAAGCUGGAAGGCGAAACGGAUGCUUUGAAGGGUCUUCUCAGUCGCAAGAACAAGGGUAGUUAG